UUAUCCUUGAUAACGAUAAAACUGUAAAUAAACUACUAUCCAGGGUGUCGAUUUAGUCCUUAAAUCACGAUUUCAAAACUCGGAGGCCGACGAGAAAUUGCGCUAAAUCAGCAAUAAAUCUACGUAUUUCCUUUAACGGAGCAUGGCGAGCUCUAAAAUGCAUUUUCUAAGCCUUCUGUUCUUGCUAUUAUUGGCAUCAUCUAUAGAAGGCAAGUAUAUGAAGUACAAAGACCCGAAACAACCAUUGAACGUUCGGAUCAAUGACUUGAUGAAGCGGAUGACCCUUGCUGAAAAGAUCGGUCAGAUGGCCCAGAUUGAACGAAAGGUUGCAAGCUCCAAAGUAAUGAAAGAUUACUUCAUAGGAAGUGUAUUGAGCGGCGGGGGGAGUGUGCCUCGUUCUAAGGCAACUCCAAAGGAUUGGGUGAAUAUGGUAAAUGAAUUCCAGAAGGGCAGUCUUUCGACACGUCUUGGCAUUCCAAUGAUAUACGGCAUUGAUGCAGUUCAUGGAAACAACAAUGUCUACAAGGCAACAAUUUUCCCACAUAAUAUUGGGCUUGGAGCCACAAGAGAUCCUGAACUCGUGAAGAAGAUUGGAGCUGCAACUGCCCUUGAAGCCAGGGCAACAGGCAUCCCAUAUGCCUUUGCUCCAUGUAUUGCGGUAUGCAGAGAUCCGAGGUGGGGUCGCUGCUACGAAAGCUACAGUGAAGACCACAGAAUUGUUCAAGCAAUGACGGAGAUUAUUCCUGGACUACAGGGAGAACUUCCUGCUAAUUUUUCCAAAGGAGCACCAUAUGUUGCUGGAAGGGACAAAGUUGCAGCCUGUGCUAAGCAUUUCGUUGGUGAUGGUGGGACAUAUUUGGGGAUCAAUGAGAAUAACACAAUUAUCAAUCACCAUGGACUUCUUAGCAUCCACAUGCCAGCUUACUACAACUCCAUCCUCAAGGGUGUUGCUACUGUUAUGGUGUCCUAUUCCAGUUGGAAUGGGGACAAAAUGCACGCCAAUCGUGCUCUUAUCACUGGCUUCCUAAAAAAUAAACUCAAGUUCAGGGGCUUUGUUAUCUCAGAUUGGCAGGGUAUUGAUAGAAUCACCAAUCCACCAGGUGAGAAUUACACGUACUCAAUCCAAGCGGGAGUCAAUGCGGGUAUUGACAUGGUGAUGGUUCCCGAAAACUAUACAGAUUUCAUUACUGAUCUGACCUCUCUCGUUAAGAAGAAGAUUGUCCCUAUGAGCAGAAUUAAUGACGCAGUUAGAAGAAUUCUGCGGGUCAAAUUUGUCAUGGGCCUAUUUGAGAACCCCAUGGCUGAUCUUAGCUUUGCUGACCAAUUGGGCAAGAAGGAACACAGGGAAUUGGCUAGAGAAGCUGUAAGAAAAUCACUUGUGCUACUGAAAAAUGGAAAAUACCCGAACCAGCCAUUGCUGCCUCUCCCUAAGAAGGCUCCAAAGAUCCUGGUUGCUGGAAGCCAUGCCGAUAACUUAGGUUAUCAGUGUGGUGGAUGGACCAUUAAGUGGCAAGGAGCUAGUGGAAACAUCACAGCUGGGACUACAAUCCUUGAUGCAAUCAAAUCCACUGUUGACCCCGCAACCGAAGUCAUCUAUUCUAAGAACCCUGACGCAAACUUAGUCAAAAAAGGUGAUUUUUCGUACGCCAUUGUUGUGGUUGGAGAGCUCCCAUAUGCUGAAACUCAAGGAGACAACCUGAACCUCACUCUUCCUUCUCCCGGUCCAAAAACAAUCAAUACAGUCUGCAGCCAUGUCAAGUGUGUUGUGGUACUAAUAUCGGGUAGACCACUUGUGAUCAAGCCAUAUAUCUCAUCAAUGGAUGCUUUGGUUGCUGCUUGGCUCCCUGGAUCGGAGGGCAAAGGAGUCACUGAUGUUCUCUUCGGUGACUAUGGAUUCACUGGAAAACUGCCAAGAACUUGGUUUAAUACUGUUGAUCAAUUGCCGAUGAAUGUUGGUGACGAGUAUUAUAACCCUCUGUUCCCCUUUGGAUUUGGACUGACAACGAAGCCAACAGAAGCCAGGUAGAAUGGCAUUGAGAAUGUAUAGAAGAUUAUUUGGUGUCACAUAUUUAUGGAAGUCACCGUAAUUGUACGGUAUUUAGAUAGGUGACUAAUUGAUCUCUUGAUAGAAUGCGAUCCUACUGUUGUUUACUUUUUGAUUUUUGAAAUAAUGGAAGUAUCGGAAUUUUAAAAAAAUCUACUUGAACUUCUUGA